AUGGCGACCCUUCGAAAAAGCUCAACUCUUCCAUCAGAGUUGGUAAACCCUCCGCCGUCUCCCUUCACCAAACUCAGGGCCGACGAUCUGCUCGUAGAAAUUCUGAUUCGACUCCCGACUCCUAGAACCGCCUGCCGCUGCAAAGCCGUCUGCAAGCGGUGGAACUCCCUAAUCUUCUCUCCAUACUUCAAUCGCCGCUUCAUCUCUCACUAUCAGACCAUCAAAGAUGACCCGCCUCUACUUCUUCGCUCCGACGACCACCCGGAAACAUCGACCAUCCUCAGCUUUCUCCCUGUGCCGGAGCAAGGUCGAGGCCGUUUUGCAGUCCUUGAUUCCUUCAAGGACUUGCUUUUGUGCGGGUUUGUGGAUCGAAUUUAUGUCGACAACGAACUUGGUAGAUCGUAUUUGGUCUGCAAUCCGAUUACCAAGCAAUGGAUCGCCCUUCCUUUAGCGCCUGAAAAGGAGGGUGCUCAUGGCCGUGCCUAUAUAAAAUAUGUGCACGCGAGGUUAGUUUGUCAACCCCGUCAUAACUAUAAUCUUCAGCUAGGCGAUGGCCAAGUAUGUGUUCAUUCUGACUAUCGGUUUCGGGUGGUGUGUGUAUAUGCAACUUUCGAGCCGGUUGCAACUUUAAAACUGGACGUGUAUUGUUCAGAGUCUGGAGAAUGGACCAAGGAUGCUCUUGUUCUUGCUGGUCGACUAAGAAAGAUUCGGCCCAAUUCACUUUCGUGCAAUGGGGAGUUAUUUUGGUGGUUUCAUUAUACCGGGGUUCCUGGCUAUCCAAUGGUGGCUUUCAAUCCUUUCUGCCUUGAAAUGCCUCCCACCGUUAUUGACACUUCUUCAAUCCCACAGCCCGAGUCCGAACUCCGAGAGUGGAUUGCUUCUGUCUCACAAGAUGCUUUGCAUAUAAUUGUAGCUGAAGCUAAAAGGGCACCUAUUAUUUAUUCAAGGAAUGCCUUCACUGUUUGGAGGCUGGAAGAAGAUGGUAAGUCUUGGAGGAAACUAUAUGAAAUGUGGUUGAGUGAGACAUCAUGGAGUGAUUACGACCUCGAGUAUAUUCAAGUACGUAAUCUGCAUCCAGAAAAGCCGGAAAUCAUCUUCUUGCAAUCUUUUGGUCAUCGUUAUGGUUAUGCAAUCUUGUCUUGCAACUUGCGGACGGGUGAGCUAGAGUUCUUGGGUCCUCUGGGACAAUGUCUGGUUCCUUUCGUAAGUUUUCAGCCUGGCCUCUCUAGCUGCCCUAUUUCGAUUCCAAGGUAUAAGGAAUUGCGAGCUGUGUAUGAUGGAAGCUACAAUUGUUUGGUUCAGACUGUGGAAGCAACUCCUAUAAUUGGUAUCACUUCUGCUUCUGCGAAUUUACCCUUGAUUUCUCAAAUCUAA